CUCAUAUUAUUCCACGUGAUAAAAGUAAAACAGGAGCACAUAAAUCACUCCGACUUCUUAAGUCAACUUGGUUGUCUCAAACGAAGCAGAAAUUAAGAAUACAGGAAAUAGGAGAGAAUGAUCUCGAUAGUAUUUACUCUUCGACGUACAUGCUGGGUUGGUGCAUUUUGAACCACGGCGUACACCGGAGUUGCUCCUCUUAUCUUCGUAACUGUAGAGUCCAAACCCCGCAUGAUGCCAUUUCAUAAAAACAUACGCCCCAAUGCUGACCAAAACCCUGUAAAACAUGUUAUUAACGUUGUAACCUGUAAUUUCCUAUUUUAUCAACACAAUAUUAGUUUGACAGAAUAAGUCGGUACAGUGGUAUUUAAAAUUUUAUUACAUGGUAUGUAGUUGCUGCGCUGCGCAAUAGUGGGAGGAUCCACCGUGACGCAGUUCACGCGCCUCUCACUGGCGCGGAAGUUUGUUUUGUAACUGCAAUCUGCUGGUCGUCUGUGGGCUUAUUUUCUAUAUAUAAAAAAAUGAUGCGCAAAAAGCGACGCUCUUCUGUCGAAAAGGGGGAAGGAGCUUCUACAACCACCAAAGCAAAGAAGAGUCGCAGCAAUGGUCGCCAGACCAAGGAGCCUGUAUCAGAGGAGACAAAUGAAGGUGUUUUUGUAGUAUUUGUGAGGGAGGCGGGUGUCACCUUAAAACAAGGUGGCACAUCCAAUGAGAUUGCUGUUGACCAAGUAGUUUUCCAGAAGCGGAUACAGCAGCAACUACAGAAGAGUCCCAGGUAUCCCAGUGUCAUGCAGGAAUUUGUCGCUGGAUUGGAGGCUUACAUUGAAAAUGAUGACAGAUUUAGGAACUGCCUCCUUCCGUGUGUCCCUCAGCUGUCUGGCGGAGACUCCAGUUCUGUCAGCUCGUUCCAGGAAAGUCUGCUGCGAAUGUUGUUGGGCAUUGAGAUGCUACAGACUUUGAUAAUUAACAUGUUGCUAGAGAAACUUCCCGAGUUCAUGCUUGAUGGCGCCGGUGAUGGAGGACUCAGUAUUCCACGCAUGAUAAUUAACCAGCUCAAAUGGCUAGACAGAGUUGUGGACAGCAAGGAGCUGGCAGUGAAGCUCAUGGAGCUGGUUUCAGCAGCACCCGUGGAGGUUCAGCGGGACAUCAUCACCAGUUUACCAGAGAUACUGGAAGAUUCCCAGCACAAUGAUGUAGCCAGAGAGCUCAACUCCGUUCUCCAGGAGAACACUCAGUUGACUGUCCCAGUCCUGGAUGCUCUCUCUAGUCUCAACCUCACUUCAUCAUUACUGACAGAGGUCCGUGUGUCUGUUAUGGCCAUGCUGGCGGCCGUGCAGCUGGAAGACCUCCCUGUAGUGGUGAAGUUCAUCCUGCAUUCUGUCUCAGCCUCUGAUGCAAACGAGGUGGUGUGUAAUCUCCGUAAAAAGCUAGACCUGGAGCAGUGUGUUCUUCCUCCUGUGCUGCAGGCCUCUCAGAGUCGUAUGAAGAGUAAAGGAGCUUCACUGCCUGCUUCCACAGCAGCAGCUGCCAGCAGUCAGGACAGCAUCACGUUGGUUCUGGACUGCAUCAAGUCAGCGGUGCGCUUCCAGAAAACCAUUUCUGAGGCUUGGCUCAAGGCAAUAGAGUCUGUGGACCAAGUGGAAGACCAUAAAGUUAUAGAUCUGCUGGUGCUCUUCAUCCUCCACUCCACCAAUGCCAACCAGAGCCGGCGGGGAGCAGAGAGGGUGUUGAAGCUCAAAGUGAGGACUGGACUCUUCCAGGAGGCUCUGCUACAGAAAACCUUCAGGGAUUACGCUCAGGUCAUACGAGGGUACUUCCCCUCCAUCUUGGCUCUGGCUCAGAGUUUGUUGCGCUCCCCCGACCCCUGCAUUGUGCCUUUUGGUGGGCACAUGUACCGACAUUCAUUCACUGCGUUUGACUCUUACUGCCAUCAGGAGGUUGUGGGUUCUCUGGUGACCCAUGUGUGCAGUGGUGUGGGUGGGGAGGUGGACGUGGCUCUGGAGCUGCUCUGUGGUCUGGUUACAGAAAAACCCUUGGAAAUGGCUCUGUAUGCUGUUUUUGUCAAGGGAAUCUUGGACUACAUGGACAACCUCACACCGCAGCAGAUUCGAAGACUUUUCCACCUUCUCAGCAGACUGGCGUUUGGGCAGCAGCAGCAAGGGUCUCACAUCCAGGACGACAUGCACAUAGUGAUCCGCAAGCAGCUCUCCAGCACCGUGUCCAAAUACAAGCGUAUUGGCAUCAUUGGUGCUGUAAUGAUUAUCGGCAGCAUGGGGGCCUGCAGACAAAAAGGCAAGGAGUCCCAGAAUGUCUCGUUGUCCCAGGAAACAUUCAGACAGGUGACGGCUUUGCUGGAGCUGGUGAAGUCGAGCAGUGAAAGCUCUCCUGAGGCUGCAGCUCUGUACUACGAUGAACUGGCUAAUCUGAUCUGGAGCUCAACUCUAGAUCCACAGGUUCAGGACAUGAUAGGAAAGAGUGUCCUGGAUGACUUCCAGGACGACUUUGUAGUGGACCUUGGGCCAGAAAUAACAGGUUCCCUCCCUUUUCCAGCUUGUGUGAUGUACAACUUGGAUGAUGAGGAGAGUCAGGGAGGCAUUGCCAUCAACCUGCUGCCUCUGCUGGCUAAAGACAUCCAAAACAAAGGAGAGCAGCAAACUCAAAUCAAGAAGGGACAAAGGCGAGCGUCUCCUCUAUGUUUGUCUCCAUUUUUUCGUCUCCUGAGACUUUGUGAGGAGAAGCAGCAUCAGGGAGACCUGGAUGAGAUUGAUGCCCUCCUGGGCUGCCCUCUGAUCCUGACAGACAUGGAUGUAGUGGAGAAAGUUGAGAGCCUGUCAAAAGCUGAGCGGGAGUUCCUCUGUACUCUGCUCUUUCACACCAUCAACUGGUUCAGAGAGGUUGUGAAUGCUUUCUGCAAACAAAAAGAAACUGAGAUGAAGAUGAAGGUGAUGACUCGCCUGCAGAACAUCACUUACCUGCAGACGUUGUUGGAAAAGGCUCUGGCAGGAACGCCUGGCUAUGUUCCACCUGUUUGCAACUUUGAUGGAGAAAGCACGGAGGGUUUUGCUGUUGGUUCCACUGUUCCUGCGAGUAAAUCAAAAAAAGAUGGCACAGGAAAGAAGAGGAAGGCUCCUGGUAAGAAUUCCACAGAAGGCAGCUCUCAGCCUGAGGAGGCGACAGAAGCAGAUGAAACUCAGCAAGAGCAGCCAGAAAAGGAGAAAGAAAAGGAGAUCCGAUCAGGCGUCAGCUUGAUGGCCUACAGGCUGUUUUUCAGGGAGCUGGACAUGGAGGUGCUCAGUGUUCUCCAGUGUGGCUUGCUUUCACGUUCGCUGCUGGACUCAGAGCUCCACACCAAGGUGCGAGAAGAGGUUCUGCUGGGUCCUGCUGAGCUUGUCUUCCUGCUGGAGGACAUGUUUCACAAAUUGGAGUUCAGUCUUGCGGCUGCAUCUGCCAAGAGAGCCCCUUUUCUGAAGGGAAGAGCUGAUAAAAGUGUGGGCUUCUCCCACUUACUACAGAGGAGCUCCAAAGAUAUUGUCUCCUGUUGUGUGCAGCUGCUGCCAGCACUUUGCACACACCUGGAGAAUUGUCACAACCAUUUUCAGACACUGCUAUCUGAGAACAACGGCGUUGUGGAUGGGCCCGCUACUGAUCUGCAGGAGCACCAGUUAAUGUCAUCAGGCUACCAGCUGCUCCUGCAGGUCCUGAACACCACCUUUAGCUGGUCUGGCUUCAGUCAGCCAGGACAGCGGAGCUUAUGGAAGAAGGCUCUGGGAGUUUUAGCCGGACGCAUUAAAGAAGGAGGUGCUGAGCUGAGCCUGGAGCAGCUUGUGAAACACAGCUUUGAGUACCUGCUGAAUUUCCGCAGCACGAUGCCAAACCUCAGCACAGCUCUGUGUCUCUCCCAACUUCUGUCCACGGUGUCAGAGAAAGGAGGAAAUUCUGCCGCUUACAGAGCACAGAGUGCUUCCCUUGCGCAGCAUUUCCUGAGCCAAGUUUGGGUGACAGCUAGCGGAGAGAGGGAGCGAGGGAACAAAUUCAAUGAAGCACUUCAUGCUCUCCUGAGCAUCUACCUGGUCCAUGUUGAUGAUGUUCUGAAGGCAGUGGAGGAAAUUGCUGGAAAAGGAAUCCCUGAGCUGAUCAAUGCAGCGAAGGAUGAGAGCUCUGCAUCAUGGCCCACUCUCAGCAGGCAGACUUUCCUGGUGUUUUACAAAGUGUUGAUGGCAGAGCUGGAUAAAGCUGUCAGGAAGAUUCCUGCUAGCAAAAUAAAUGACAGCACUGAGGCUCAAAGUGAGAAGCUGCUGACAUGGAACCUGGCUGUCAGAGAUUUUCAUAUCAUGGUCAACUUAGUGAAGGUGUUUGAUUCCAGGCCAGUGCUCAACGUGUGCUUGAAGUAUGGUCGGCUUUUUCUGGAAUCCUUCCUGAAGUUGGGGAUGCCGCUUCUGGACUAUAGUUUCAAAAAGCACAAGGAGGAUGUCCAGAGUCUGCUGAAGACCUUCCAGCUCAGCACUCGCCAGCUCCACCACAUGUGUGGACACUCUAAGAUUAAUCAGGAUACCAACUUGACCAACCAUGUACCGGCCUUGAAGAAGAGCCUCGAGCUGUUUGUUUACAGAGUGAAGGCCAUGCUGGCGCUUAACAACUGCCAGGAGGCCUUUUGGAUAGGCAACCUGAAGAAUCGGAACCUCAAGGGUGAAGAGAUUCUUUCUCAGAGGUCGCAAGGAAGUGAUGAUGAUGACGAUGAUGAAGACGAGAACCGGGGUUUGCCAUCGCCACAGGAACAAACAGAUGAGGAGAGUGACUCUGAGGGAACAAAGAAGGCUAAAAGAACAGAAAAUGCGGAUGAAGAUGACAUUACAGAUGACUCGGAGUUACACUCAGAAUAAUAUCAGCUGAUUAUUCCUUAUUUCCAAUCACCAGUUUGAGUUUUUGUGAAGUUUUAGAGCCCUUAGUGCUCGGUGGCAAGUGGUCUGCCUAAGGUUCAGCACUUUUUUUUUUUAGUUUAUUGUUUCUUAUACUUGCUGCAGUAACACUUUCAAGCACAUUAACAAAUAAUUCAUGAAAUUCAUUUAUGAAUGUAACUUAGGAAGGAUGCCUUCUAAUUGUGUAUCUUCACUAUAUGUUCUGUUUUGGAUAAAAUGUAUGAUAUAUUUGUCAAUAAAAUUAACUUGAUUUGUCA